AUGAGCUUGGACGUGCAUAACUUAUCUCCAAAACAGCUGACUCAGCUUAACAAGUCACUCGCCAAGUAUAAAGAAAAUUCUCUUCUGAAGCUACACAACCUGCAAAGAGUCAACCACAACUUGAUAAUUGAAAACACCAAGUUGAGGCAGACCUUGAAAUAUGGAUCCAAGGACAAGGAGGCGUUCUCGUUAGGAAGCAAAGACUUUAACGGCCAGAACAAAUCGAGGACCAUGGAUGUCACCGUGGAAACCGGUAAUGAUUACACAGCCACGCUCUACUUUAAGUGCCUGCUAAGUCCUUCAGAGGUGAGCGACUACUUCAACUGCGACUUCUCGGAGCUGCAAUACAAGGUUGUCCUUGUCGAGUGGAACAACGAAGUGGUCGAAAACGCGUCCACCCUGCUGACGAAGCAAAGUCAGCUGAAACUGAAGAUGCUGCAGGACGGCAUUCGGUACCUGGUGGCAGUACACCUGUGUGGAAACGACAAGAAACUAUCGGGGCAGACUGAGUUUGUGUACGACCAAAAGAAGGCGGACAGGAAGCCGCCGGAUUCCUUCAAUCUCACGAGGCUGGAAUCCAGGUUAAAGCCCGUUGUUGAGAAAUCACUGGAAACUGAGUACGUGUUGAACCUGCAGGUGGACGACGACGACUACUUAACCUGCAAAUUCACGGAAGAUGAGCAGGUGGAUAAAGUCGUGGAGUAUUUCAUGGAGAGGAACAAAAUAAAGGGGUUUCUGAGGGACAGUCUGGUCCAAUGUGUAGCAGACCUUAAAUCGUCUGGCAACACGAUCAAGACUGUGGAUAUCAGCGAUAUCAUCCCAGUUUGA